AUGUCUCUGCCCCCGGAGCAAAUUAAUAUCAAGCGGCGUCGCGAAGAAGAGCCCGUCGACACAUUAUAUAUCCAAUCAGAGCUUCAUCAAACCAAACGAAGGUUUACAGACUUUGUUUUCCAACGAGUCCAGGUCAAGGGCCAUGGUCCCAAGGGCACUACUAGCGGAACAUCCUCCAGUCCACCGCCCCUGGCGUCCGGGCAGCAACGGGUGAUUCACACUCCACGGUCCGUGAGUAGUUGUCUGUUUCCUUCGAGCACCGCUGCGGCGGACGGUGGUGUCCCCUUGGUGCGGGCGACAUCGCCCGGGGCGGAAUUCCGCGAGGAGCGCCGCCUCGCCGCCGCACGGCGGGAGCACGACGAGAAGCUGAAGCGAGCGUUGCACUCAUCGCCGGGCCCGUCGACUUCGCUGUCGCCGGCUGGCAGUCGCUCGCCGGCCCUGGACAGUGGUGCCGCUGGGCCCACCGCCGCCGCCUCCAGUGGGCACGAGAGUCCCGCUUCCUCGUCAUCCGCAGCUGCCUCGCAGCAGUCGCUGCGGCGGUUCCAGAUCUCCCGGUCUAGCACCCCAAUCAACAGUACCCUCCGGGGGACGGGUGCGGGGGUGCAGAAGCGGAAAGGGGACGGGCCCGUCGCGAUUCUGGUGGAGAAGCUGAGGCGCAAGCCCCAUUCGAGACAGGCGUCCUUUGUGGCGGAUGCGGUUGCUGGUGCUGAAGGGUUGGAUGGGAUGUCGAGUUCGGGCUCUGGUGCUGGUGGGGCGGAGGAAGCCGUUCGACCGCGCAAGCGGCCCGUGGUGAACCAGGCGGAAAGGAAAUGGAGAGAAGAGCGCAAGAGCGCCAUCUCGGCUGCUAAGCAGCAUAUCUCCCAGGUCCUGGAUCAGGAAGCCCAGGCUUCUCACCAGAGCACCUGGGAGGAUGAGUCGGAGCGACUCGCAAAGGAGCUCGAACAGGUGGCCCUGGAGUUGGAUGCGGAGAUGGAAGUGGACAUGCAGCAUGCGGGGCCGCAUAGCCCCCAGAGCAACAUUGGGUCCUCGACUUUUGGAGGUGGGCAGCCGUCGCCGUCUCAUUCGGUGGGAAUGCCCAAGCCGCCCCUGAAGUACCAACCGCGAACGCCCAAUAAACAUCGCCCUACGCAAAAGCCCCGGGGGGGCAGCGCUGUACAGGACCCUCACUCGGCCGCAACGGCGACCGACGCCCUGCCUGCGGAGCAGGAUGACGACGAGGAGAGCGACGGCGAAUAUGUCUACGAUACGUACAUUCGAAAGCCGCUUCCAGUUAGUGGCAUGCUUACGGACCCGCUGGCCAACCUGGAAUCGGACCAUGAUGCCUGGUUCAAGCAGCACGGAAUCGAUAUGACUCGUCAGGACAUUGGGGUUAUUGUCAUUACGCAAGAGGACGAAGAAUAUUGGGAGAAUUUCGCUGAGGAAGAGGAGGAUGAAGAACGGUGGGACAGCGAAGAUGCAGACUCGAAUGCUGAGAAUAAUCCCGCAAAUGAUUAUCCGGAUGAAGAAUUGUCGUGGGACGAUGAGGAGGACGCGACGGCUAUCUACAGUAAAUACCGAAUUCAUGCGCGGUCUGAUGACGAGGAAUUUGACUUCGACGACUCCGGCAGCGAAGGGCGCCGUCGAUUUGACUAUGGACUCCGGUCACACGUGGAGUCGGAUGAGGAAAGCUGGUGA